AAAUUACCGAAAAUCUUUGCGCCACCGCCGCUGUUGUGUCCGCUCCGAAAAUCUGUUCGAGUUACACAAAUUACACAGCCCUCCGUUCCUGCAUUAUGGUUCCGUCUUCCCCUAACUAAAGGUUUCACACCACUGCACUGCACGUCAGCCAAACUCAACUGAUGUUUUUAUUUUUUUAAAUUACUUUGAAUUGUAAGUUCUUGUGAUUAUUUUAAUGAAAUUACUAUAUGAUAUGAAUGAAGUGUAUUAAAAGGAAACUUCUGCUUUAGCGAAAUAUAUACAAACAAAGCAUCCAUUAUCCAGUCAUUAAUAAUUAUAUCUUCGUGUCUCCUUUACAGUGUUUUUCAUGGUUCAUGUUUUAUUUAUUUAUUUUUACAUUUUUACAUGGUUUAUGUUUUAGUUUUUCCACAUGACACGGAUGACAUCAGAUAUAUUGGCACGCCUCGGUCACGUGUUGGAGUAGCGAGCCAAUCCGGAGCGAGGACGGGAAACAGCUGACGCCGAGCAACAACAAGCAGCGUCGACUUCUACUGCAGGUGGUGCUAUGUAGUAGCCUCCAGUCCACAGCCCAAAACUCUGAGAGCAGCUGUCCGGUCGUGGCUAUUAUGCAAGACGCCUCCUUAACCAGCGCCUCGUUUCAAAAGAGGGACUCGCUGUGAGAUUUCAGGAGGGAGCCCGGAGCUCGUCGUCCACCCAGACCCACAAUGGCACCGUCCCUCAUCCGAGCUUGCCGCAGUCUGGCUCUCUCGACGUGGCUGCUGUCGUUUUGCUUCGUCCACUUGCUCUGUCUGGACUUCACGGUGGCGGAGAAGGAGGAGUGGUACACCGCCUUUGUCAACAUCACCUACCUGGACCCCGUCACGUCGGAGAUCAGGACGGAGAAAACCGAGUGCGGCCGAUACGGCGAACAGUCGCCCAAGAGAGAAGCCAGGGGUCUGGUCCUGGUUCCGUCCCACCUGCAAGACAGACAGGCGUGCGACCCCAACGUCAGGUUCUCCCCCGUCUCCGCAAACACCGCCUGGGUGGCCCUGGUGGCAGCGGGCAACUGCACGUACAAAGAGAAGAUCCGCAACGUUGCAAACCUCAACGCAUCUGCAGUUGUCAUAUACAACGUGGGCUCCGGCAGUCCCAACGACACCAUAACGAUGCCCCAUCCAGGAACAGGUGACGUUGUGGCCAUCAUGAUCCCGGAGCCCAAAGGUCGUGAGAUCGCGGCCUUGCUGGAGCGGAACGUCGUGGUCACGCUGCACAUCACCAUCGGAACGCGCAACCUGCAGAAGUACGUGAGCCGGACGUCGGUGGUGUUCGUCUCCAUCUCCUUCAUCGUGCUCAUGAUCAUCUCCCUGGCCUGGCUCGUCUUCUACUACAUCCAGAGGUUCCGCUACGCCAACGCGCGGGACCGCAACCAGCGGCGUCUUGGAGACGCGGCAAAAAAGGCCAUCAGCAAACUCCAAGUACGAACCAUUAAAAAAGGAGACAAGGAGACUGAGUCCGACUUUGACAACUGUGCAGUGUGCAUUGAAGGUUAUAAACCCAAUGACGUAGUGCGGGUGUUACCAUGCAGACACGUGUUCCACAAACACUGCGUCGACCCGUGGCUGCAGGACCACCGCACCUGCCCCAUGUGCAAAAUGAACAUCCUGAAAGCCUUGGGAAUCCCAGUCAGCGCCGACUGCUCGGACGACAUCCCUCCGGAUUACGAGAUGUCGGUCGGAGGCCCGCCCACCGACCCCAUCAGCGCGGCCAGUGAAAUCACGGUGAACGAGAGCUCGGUGGUGCUGGAUUCGGCCGGACGAGCGAUCGGCCUGCAGCAGCUGCCUCCUGACACGGAGCUGGCGCCUCAGGCCGGGGAGAGCUACGUCAUCUCCAGCAGUGACCACCAGCCUCCGCUCAGCAGCGACUCAGACACCUCGAUCAUCAUGGCCACUGAGGGCAUGUUCGAAGUGGACCUGUCCGCGGAGCAGGAACGCGACGGGGCCAAAUCCUGAGCCGAUCGCACCCGAGGGGAACAGGCGUCAAUCACAAGGGAAAUUAAGCGAGGGAGCAGCACAGAACGAUCAGGAGCUCCCAGAGAUUCAGCGCGUCAGCGGAGGAUGUGACCUCACUGAGGAUGAAAUGAGCAAAACGACCCGCGGCGGCACAAAGCCACCCAGAUAAACGGACCCGAGCCUCCGUGGCGUCCGUGGACACGUCGCUUGCUCAUUCAUGCAGUGGUCACAGCUCACCGUUUCUGGCCACCUGAUUCUUCACAUCAAAGCCUAACAUCCGAAAUACACAGAUUAAGAUAAUAGCGACCUUUAAUUAGUAUUAUGAAAAUGUGGAUUGUUGUAUUUGAUUCCUUUUUAGAAUGAGAUCACUGCCAACAUAUGUGAUUUGUCUUUAAGAUCAGUUGAGACAUGAAUGCACAGAUUUACUACACUAUUUGUGUUUCCCGCUGUUGUUGAGGGGGAAGAACCCAACAUGUGCUGGAUGUGCAGUGUCUGUCCUCACGUUUGACAAUCAGAAACUGCUGCCGAUUCACGAGUCCGCGCGGCCCACGCCGUUGGCCCUGCUUCCUGCUGGCUGUGGUGGUGGUGGUGGUGGUGGUGGUGGAACAGUCUGACGCGUGUGUGUCGCUGUGGUUUUUCGCGUGGCUGUUAACUGACCCUAAAACUGUGCAUGAUUCGAAGCUAAUCCAGUAACGCGAGGACGGACGGACGCUGUGGUAAAGCACUGCAUGGCCAAUAAAGUGGAGUUAGCCAGAGUUUUAUUAAUAGAUGCUGCGGGCGUGAAAACUGAGCUGUAUAAAAUGUUUACAGUUGCACAGUAACUUUUUUUUUUCUCUGUUUAUUCGCCACAAAGAGAUCCACACGCAGCAGAGUGGCCCCUGUUACGCCCUCAGUCAGGCAGAACUCACCUUUAGCGGAUCUCUACUAAAUGUUCCUCCUCAUGGUUCAGGCUGCACUGAGUCCCAGCCCGAGGCUUCAGUUAAAAACCUACAGGAAACCGGUUUAUUGACCUACAAAGGCACAGGAACAAGCACAAUCAUUUUGUCACUGGCAGCCAGAGGCUUGUAGCUUAUGAGACCAUUUGUGCGUCCAAAGAUAAUUAGUAACAUUUGUGGUGCCGUACAUUUAAACUGGUUCUGAUUGUUGUGAAAGGUGUGGGCAGACGUGGACAAAGACUUCAUGUGGAACAGAACUAGGACUCAAACCCCCGACAUGAUGACGACUGUUAAUCGCUGUUCAUAACAGUGAUUCUAGUGGAACAUUUCUCCUCUUCCUAUUGCGCGUUAGUUGAACACAGGAUCCAAUGCUGCGUCAGAGCUGUUUCCUCUCACAUUCCUGUAGAGCUGCACACUAAAGAAGCACAGACCCAGCUAGUGGAAUUUAACUGGCGGUUUUCUCCCGCGGUCAAUGUUUCCAUUAUGUCCUGCAGCCACCUGGGACACACACACACACACACACACACGCACACACACACACACACACACACACACACACACACACGUUAUGCAACACACACGUGUCCACACUCUCCUUGCUUGGGUUAAUCAUUGCAGGGUCAUUGGGCGCACAGGCAGAUGUUUCAGUUUCAUGGGAGCUCUGGCAUUAGUUCGCUGUAACUCGUUCCCGGCUGCAGCAGCUCGGUGCUCACAUUAUCCCACAUAAGCUAUAGUUCCGACGCCGAUGAAUCGUUUUGGUAGCAUUGCAGGAGAAUUCAUGAAUGUAUAUUUGUAUUGUUUCCUGAACGAGGUCAGAGCAGGAUGGAAAAGGAGGAAGAUUGCGAUUCCUACCAGCUUAAUGUAGAUUUAUAUUUGAGAGAUCUCUACCAGCCAAAUCUGGCCCCGACGCCUCUGCCUGCUUCUUCAGCUCACGUUAACAUAGCACAAGACAUGCGAUGAAUGGAGACGCUCAGCAGCGCCCAUCUGAGUUUAUCGUCUUCUCCAGCACCGCCUUGACUCCGUUUCUCCUUCACGUGUGUGUGUCUGACCGAGCGUUUGAGCCACGGUGAUGAAGCACAUCAGCUCCAGAUGCUUGAGUCUGGCUGCACUGCCUAACGGGACAAGCUGCUCUAAGUUGGACUAAGGCCUUGAUUUUACAUGGCAACUUGUGAUUAAGCUGCAAGUUGCUCGCUCAGAUUUGUCCGUUUACAGCGCUUUAAUAACAACUGUGUCAGAACUUUAAAGCCAAUUUAAAGCUUUUAAAUCGCACGCACAAAAAGCUGAGUGUGUCUUGAUAUGACCUUCAGUCUGUAUGUCAAAAACGAAAAAAAAAGAAUGUUUCCAAAUUUUACCAGCAACAUUCCAAAUUAUUGUUCUUUUAAAAUGAGACACGUUUCCCUGAAAGAACUUUGUAAUUUGGUACCUAGACACUUUCAUAUUUUAGGAAAAAUAAAAUGUCAUUAUUCAAAAAGCUUAAUUUAAAGUCCCGUUUGUUUGUACGUGAUUAAUCUUUUUACUUAUUACCUUGUUUAGUAUAUUUUACAAAUUGUCUCAUCGUUUUCAUUAUUGUGGCCACACAUUGAUGUUGCACAGAGAGCUGAGCUUGUGAAUACAUAUCACACUGGCAGGAAACUAAUAUUGAUUAACUUCCUGAAUAAACAGUCGUUCAAACCCUAUUACAAACUUUUCUCCUGAUUAAAAUUAUUCAGUAAUAAUAACCCUGUUAAUAUAAAGUUCUUUCAUGAUGUGACAUGAGGCCAUUUUCUCUGUCACACGCUCGCUCUGUAAACUGUCCUAUUUGCACUUUAUUCCUCCGGUGAAUGAGGAGCGGCUUUACUGAAUGACUUGAGCCUUUUUUAUGUGCUGCUUUCAGGGCAGAGGGCUACAGUUUUGAACAUGGCACACGUGUCAUUUGUUGCUUCAUGUGAAAUGUUGUGAUCUUUUAUCUGUUCUCUUGUGUAUGUGUGUUGGGGCGUAUCAAUAUAUUGUUCACUAUACCCAGCAGAAAUAACAGCAUCGCUAUUUUGUAUUAAACAACUCCGAUUAGUUCUGUCGCUUCCUUGUACCUUGAUGCACGUGUAUGAAUGUCCUUGAUUUUGGCAUAAUAAAUUUUACCCAGGUUUUUUUCAA